UGGCGUGGUAUAGAACCCAGCUCGCUCACUCCACUUCUCGCCGUCGCACAUUAGCAGAGCUCGUACACGCUGCUGCACUUGCACGUUCGGCUCCAUCCACCCAAUGGUUCGCGGCGCAGACGUGGGAGCGACGGCCGUGUGGCGCGGCACGGCGCGCGCCGUGGCGGCAGGGCCGACGCCCGAGGAGGCGUGGGCGCUGCUGGGGGACUUCUGCGCCCUCGACAGGUGGGUGCCGUCCGUGCGGACGUGCCGGCGCGUGGAGGGCGCGGACGGGCGGCCUGGGUGCGUGCGGUACUGCGCGGGGCCCGUGAACAUGGCCGCGCCGGGGGAGGCCGUGGGGUGGUCCAAGGAGCGGCUCGUGGAGCUCGACCCCGCGGGCCGGUGGUACAGCUACGAGGUGGUGGAGAGCAACAAGGGGUUCGGCAGAUACCGCGCCACCGUGCGGGUGGAGCCCGACCCGGCCGGGUGCGCAGUCACGUGGUCGUUCGAGGCCGACCCGGUGACGGGGUGGACGCUGGAGGGGUUUGUGGGGUUCCUCGAGAACCUCGCGCAUGGCGUGGCCCGGCGUCUCGAGGAGGAGAUCAAGGUGAAGGCUGAUGCCUGAUGACUUGUAGUUGAGAUUGGUUUGUGGUCGUGUGCACUGUAUCCGUGUCACGUAAUGAGAAGUUGGGACUUCUUUCUACCA